UCGCUCUCUCCCUCCACCACUCUGCGCCGGCCUCUACGGACCUGAGAUUACUUUGCCUUGCCUCGCCUCGCUCCCCCUCGUCCGCUCAGAUACCGAACCAAACACGAUACGCAGCAUACGGGCCACCUCAGGCCUGCCGGCGCGACGACGGAAGACCAGCCCAGGGGCUUAUUGUGUGGCGCCAGAGUCGUAGACAUCGUCGUCAACAGUAGCAUCACUGUCGUACGCAGGAGCAGAAAUGCGGGUCUCCAGCGUCGUCAACCCCCUCGCCGCACUAUUGCUCGCGGCCUCCAACGCCCGCGCCGUCCACGCUCUCUCACCCGCACACUCGGCCCUCUCGGAGGCCAAGUACAUCCCGAUAUGUAGGGCGGCAGCAGCGUCGGCGGUUGCCGCUCGCACCGACGCUUUCCGCCCCCAUUUCGAAGACAAUAGUGCCAAAUCUUCGCCGUCGCCGUCGUCGUCGGUCAGACUGCCCGUCGAAGCCCCGGCUCUCGUGUCGGGGUCGGAUGCUGCGGCCUACUACUUCGCCGGCACCGCCGCCAACCACUCUACUUCCGCCGCCCCCCCUUCUCCCUACCCUACGUCAUCGCUCCUCCAUAACCGCGCGCCCGGCCCGCGGACGGCUACGGCCCCCGAACGGCCGGUGCUGGACGCUUCCGUCAUGGGGCUCGUCGUCUUCUCCGCCGCCGGGCUGUACUUGUUGUGACGGGGCA